ACAGUGGUCUAAAAAAUGGUGCGAAAACGUUGGCAUCUCAUCAGCUGCUAUGAAUACAAAAACAAGAUUCUAAGAUUCACCUUUGUUUUGAAGGAGAAGGAGGAAUUCAAGAAGACUGGAUCACGAGUUCAGGUGUGUGUUUUGGAAGAAUGGCGCCCCACGUGCACUAGUGUACCGACUAGCUGAGUACAUGGGUCAAGUAUCGGUCAGGUGUGCGAAGUCCAAUAUUCCCAGGCGCCAUUGUUCCAACUCACAGCAGCUGAUCGAGGAUAGAGUUUCUUAUACAGGCGGAUUCAAACUUUAGGCACCCAUCUGUAACCAUGGCUACCUCCACCCGGAAGCCCGUUGCCCUGGUAACGGGAGGCGGGAGCGGCAUCGGCCGUGCCACGGCGGUCAGGUUUGCUGAGCUCGGGUACAGCUGUGUGGUGGCUGAUAUCGACGAGCAGAGCGCCAAGGAGACACUGGGCAUGCUCCAAACUCCGGGCAUCGCGGUCCAGGUGGACAUUACCAUAGCGACAAGCGUGGAAGCCAUGGUAACCGCGGCGGUUCAGCGCUUCGGGCGGAUCGACUGCGCCUUUAACGGCGCCGGGAUCUUGGGAGCUUCGGCACGGAUCGUGGAGUCGCCCGAGGACGCGUUCGACCGCGUCAUGGACGUGAACGCCAAGGGCGUGUGGCUGUGUCUGAAGUACGAGAUCGCCCAGAUGCUGCAGCAGGAGCCCGUGGUGAGCGAUCCGGCUAGAUGGGCCGACAAGCCGGACGUGUGCCGCUUCCGCGGGGUGCGGGGCAGUAUCGUCAACGCCAGCAGCUUGGCCGGACUGCUUCCCAGUACGUGGUUAAGCCCCUACGGCGCCUCCAAGUGGGCUGUCCUGGGAAUCACCAAGACAGCCGCAGUGGAGUACGCUUCAGAGGGGAUACGUGUGAACGCAGUAUGUCCAGGGCUCACCGCUACUCCCAUGCGGGAUCAACUGGUGGAGCAGUCGCCACCAGAUUUCCAGGAUCGGGUGGAUCCGAAGUCGUACCCCGCAGGUCGCCUUGCAGCGCCCGAGGAGGUUGCGGAGGCUGUAACCUGGCUCUGCAGCGACGCCUGUCCGUUCACUACGGGAGAGCACCUGAAGAUCUCAGGUGGACUGUGAGGGGUGCUUCACUGCUAGUCAGGCUACUGCACAAGCUCUCAUCGUUCAAAGGCCUGUCCAAUGGAAGUGCUGCUAGAAGCAUGCUUUAGUCACGCUACAUGCUAUACUGCUUCCAACGUAAAACAAAUUGAAGGGCGGUUAAUGUUGUAGUUUGAAUUGUCAAUUUUUACUACAGCAUAUACCCCGAAACAUUUAUCACAAUUGUGACUCUAGUCCUACUUGAAGCAAAAAAAUCUGUAGUCCUACUUGAAACUUCUUUGGAUCACACAGUAUGUCAAUCAAUCAAAUUUACAUGAAAACAUAUAUCAUUAUGGGUAGUGAAACCAAUGAAACAAUCUCCUUUUUAGAUGGAAGCUGAAUAUGUCAUAACUUAUAUCUUAUUUGCUCUAAACAACAAGCGCCGCUACGUUAAUC